UGUGUGGUUAGAGCUGAGGUGUGUGUUUUGAGAUCACAGAUGCAUUAAGGUGGCGUCUAACUUGUCGACUCAAAACAACUUAAUUGUGGUUGGUGAGUCUCACUUGGUGCUGAAAUCUCGCCUUCUUCAAUCCGAUCCGGAAUGAUUCUGCCUGAUUAAACCCGCAUCUCAGAUUCCCGUUCUGCUGCUGUAACCGACUCAAUCAGGACGUGAGGAUCUUUACACUUUACAUUGAACGUGUUUAUGUAGAACGCAGCUUUAGUGAGAAAGAAACAAGUCAGUGCAGGUGAACUGGAUGAUUGUGUUUGUGUUUUGAACUGAAAAGUUUGGUUCACAUCCGAGCAGAACAGUGUGAAAGAAGCUCACUGGUCAGCGAGAAUUGAUUUCAGACACUAGAUCUAGACUAGCAGGUGUUAUUAUGGCCGCGCCAACUCCCUGGGAUGAUGUAAAAGAAGCUCAGAUGUGUAUUAGAGGUUGGUGCGUUCAUGCGGCUUUGCAGACGCUGACAAUCAAACCGCGGCUUCGCUCACCCGGAACACAGAGGCAGCACUUCCAGUCGUCUUUCUGUUCUGAUCAAAACUUCAUUUGCAGAAAGAGAGCGGGACAAACAGUCUCAAAGUACAAACAACAAUGAAUAAAAUGUGCACAAAAAUAAAUAAAUGGACAAACAUGAGAAAAUACAACCGCCUAAGUUGUGCUAGAGCAGCAGUACUAUCGGACCAGGACUGUAAUGGCACUGUGCACGCAAUGACAUAUGACAGACUAACAGAUAUUAACUCUGAGUUUAUGUGUUUCUACUUCCAAUCUGCAGUUAAAGCAGCUGACAAGAUAUUUAUUUUAACCAAAUUUUGCCUCGUCUUUGCCCACGUCUCCUUCAUGAAGAAAGUUCAAGAUGGUGGUUCAAAAAUGUUGAUUAUAAAGCAAUAGUGUCUUGUACAUGAAUUGUCAUGUGACUAACGACGGCAGAAUCAUUGAUGAAUCAUUCAGAAUGAUCUGUUUGUGUGUGUGGUUUUCUGACUGUGGUGUUUUGUGCGUUCGCAGGUGAUAUCAGAUUCCCAUCCACAGUCAUGUGGUGAUACGAUCUCUCUCUCACACACUCACACACAUCAUGGCGCAUCCGUACGACCCCUGGUUGCGCGCUGGGCCGCCGCAGGACGAGGUGAGCGUGUCCGGCUGGUGGGACGUGCACACUGGAGCCGCGGCUGGCUGGAUGGACCUGCAGGGGGCGGGGCUGGGGGCGGGGCCAGGGCAGGGCGGACCCAUGAGCUCCUACACAGCCGACCCUCAGAUGUGCUGCCUGCCUCCCUCCGGCUCCGCCCACUCCGGCCUGCACUUCCCCCCUGAGGGCUUCAAAAUGGAGCCGUUGCCGCAGGAUCUGCUGCCGCUCCCGCAGGCCUCGUCGUCCUACUCCUCGGAGGAGCCGCAGGACACAGCAGGGGGUUCUGCACGGCCGAAGUCGCAGCGACGCGCUGGUGGUCGGGCUCCCGGUCAGGCCUCCUGCCGCUGUCCCAACUGUCUGAGCGCCGAGUCCCUGGGAAACAGCAGCGGCAGCAGCGACGGCAAACGCAAACACCUGCACAACUGCCACAUCCCCGGCUGCGGGAAAGCCUAUGUGAAGACGUCGCACCUCAAAGCGCACCUGCGCUGGCACAGCGGCGACCGGCCUUUCGUCUGCAACUGGCUGUUCUGCGGCAAGCGCUUCACCCGCUCGGACGAGCUGCAGCGCCACCUGCAGACGCACACCGGCGCCAAGCGCUUCGGCUGCAGUUCCUGCCCGCGUGUCUUCCUGCGCGCCGACCACCUGGCCAAACACGUGCGUGUGCACGAGUCGCCCUGCCAACCUGCCGAAGAGACUCACUCGGCGACGGGAAGCAGCACCGGUGCGACGUCACUGCUCAGAGUCAAGACGGAGUCAGAGAACGGCGACGAAGACACGACGAACGCCUAAUCGACUCUGAUAAACGAGACUCAUCAUUCUGAAGGCGACUGAUAUGAACUAUAUUCACAUCUGUAAAUGACCUGUAGAAGGUGGCAUUGGCAUGUAACACGUAACAUAAUGCUUUUAUAUCUUUAGUUUUAUUUAUAUUUGUACAUUUUGUGUUUCAUUCUCUGUUGAUUAACUUAAAGAUGUUGUGUGUCGUGUGUGAGUGUUUUUGUUGCUGUAAUCUCAAGAUUUGUAGUGAAGAUAUGUCAUUAGUUUGAAUAAAUAUAAAGCAUUUUGAUAUUUUUUCAUAUAUGUCUUGUGAAAGUGCCAUAAAUACAUCAAACAAUAAACAGAUUAGACAAAAUCCAA